ACUUCUAAGGCGCAUGCCUUUUGCACCUGUCAGUGUAUUUAAACUGAAAUUGGAUAAACGUGGUUUUGGUUGACACCAUAAAACAUCUGCAGUUGGGCUCAGUGACAUGAUCCGUUACCUCAGAGUCUCAGGCUUAUUCGUGUGGUGCCUAGGAUGUCCUGUUUGCUUGAUCUGAUCAGUGGUGUUACCACCUCACUAAAGAACUUCUAUUGGAACAUUAUAUCGAAAAUCAAGAGAAAUUCUUACUUCCUUUUCACAUAUUUCGUCAUGGCGCAUAUAUUAAAGACACUCAACAGCUGGUUCUGGUGGGAGAAUAUUUGGAUGCCGAUCAAUUGCACGUGGGCAGAUUUUGUAGACCGUGAUGGCCUUGUCUUUCCAAAACCACAACAGUUGUAUGCCACAAUACCAUAUGCUUUUGUAUUGCUGAUUAUCCGAUUCUUCAGUGAAAGAUGUAUUGCUAUUCCUCUAGCAAAAGCCUUAGGUAUAAAGAAUGUAAGACGUGUGAAGCCACAGCCUAAUCCUGUUCUAGAGAGUUAUUUCCGGGAGUGCUCAAGACAUCCAUCUCAAUCAGAGAUUCAAGGCCUUGCCAAAAAGUGCAACUGCACAGUCCAUCUGGUGGAAAAGUGGUUUAGGAGACGGCGAAACCUUGAGAUCCCAACAGUGCUUCGGAAAUUCCAGGAAGCUUUCUGGCGAUUUUCAUUCUACCUCUCAUCCUCCAUUGCUGGAUUUAUAUUCCUGUAUGAUAAGCCCUGGUUUUACGACAUAUGGCAGACGUGGGUUGGCUAUCCAUUUCAGACUUUGCUGCCAUCUCAAUAUUGGUACUACAUGGCUGAGAUUAGUUUCUACUGGUCUCUCUUAUUUACCCUUGGGAUCGAUACCAAAAGGAAGGAUUUUUUGGCUCAUGUCGUUCAUCACUUUGCAGCCAUUGGGUUGAUGAGUGGCUCUUGGUGUGGCAAUUACGUGCGUGUUGGAACACUGGUGAUGUUUGUGCACGAUACUGCAGAUUUCUGGCUUGAGGCAGCCAAAAUGUUUAAUUAUGCUCGCUGGGAGAAAACCUGCAAUGUGCUCUUUGUCAUCUUUUCUAUUGCAUUCUUCAUCACAAGAAUCAUCCUGUUCCCCUUCUGGAUUCUGCGUGCCACAUUGUAUCAACCUACAUUCUACUCCACAACUCCAGUCAUAGCAUACUUCUUAUUCAAUGGGCAGCUAUUGAUCCUUCAAGGCUUACAUUUAUAUUGGGGUUACUUGAUCCUCAAGAUUUUGAAAAGGUUCCUUUUCGUAAAGGACUUGAAAGAUGACCGGAGCGAUGAAGAGGAAGAAGAUUCUGUUACGGAUAAUGAAGAAGAGUCCACAAAGAAUGGCAAUAAGAAUGGCUGUGGGUCAAGCAAACAUCUCCUUAACACCAGUCACCACUAGCACCUUCCUGCCUCACCUCCUGCAGUGAUUUCUGCUCUGUUUUUAACCCAACUUAUGGGAUAAAACUGAAGUCAAAAGGCUUAUGAGAGACUGCGAGUGAUUUAUCGUUGGCUACUGGGCCUGGAAAAAAGCCCAGUAUGCAGGGAGGGGAAAAUUGCAUAACGUGACAAAAUGUGUUAAUGACCCACUUUCUGAAUCAUUGCUUAGCGUUUGGAAAGGUGCUUGGACAGAUUGCUCCACUCUUACGGUGCUCAACAAGGUGAAAAUGUCAGAUCAUUUAGCGUCCCAUUGAUUUUAACUGUUUUCAAUAUGAUAUAUUUCAUCAAGCAGUUUCAUUCAUAGGUGUUUCAUGGGAGGUAGCCAGUGUGAACUCCAUUAGGAGACAAAAUUACUCAAUAUGGAAAAAAAAUGAUGGUGUAGGUUGACUAGCAUUGUAGUCUUUACUUUUCAGUUUAAAAUCUCAUUAAAAUGGCUAUUUUUUUGUGAGUUUGAUCUUAUUUUCUGGAGGCCGAUGGAAGCUAAUGUGGAGGAAUUCAAGCAAUUUGUUUCUAAAGAGCUUGCUUUUCUGUAGAAGUGUGGUUUAUCUCUAGAGUAUGCUGUAUGAUAGAUGGUUCAAAUACUGUAUUUGGAGAUUUACCAGUCAAGACAUUUUCCAGUUUUGAAAUUUACCAGUCAAGAAAAUCACACAGCAAUUCUCCCCUGAGCUCCAGGUUUCGCAAAUGUCUUUAAUCACAGCCAUCUUGGCUGUAGGCCCAAUGCUGGGACAGAAGGUGCAGAGGGGACGGAAAACAGGGUAUGAAAAUGGGGUCUUCUCACAGCUUCUUUUGUAUUUCUUAUUUGCUUGCAACACUGCUGAACACCCCAGAUCUCGACACAUUUACGGCCAAGAAGAUUAAGGAUUAAUCUGUCCACUUCCCUUCGUGUAAGCUUGUCUCACAGUGACGUUGGAUAAUUGUCUAGGACCAAGUCUGCUUUGUGGUUGCUGUGUAUUCACUGCACGUAUUUGAUCACUGGGGAAGUAUGGGGCUCGUGAGGAACAUCACUUCAUCAGUGCUGUGUAUUCACUUGAUUUUGGGAUCUGUAUGUCCACCUCUGCCCUUUUGGAAAAUAGGGCAUUACAUCAGCUGGAGCCAAACUUGGAUGUGAGUAUGUGGCUGAGAUAGCAUCAUUGGUCUGUAAGAAGUGGAAGAACAGUUGGUGGUGUAUUGGUUCCUCUUACCACAUGCACUACAGUUUGCACUUUUGUUUUAGGGCUAGUACAAAGUUUUUAGACCCAGGGCUUUACAAGGAGACCCUUGCUCCUUUAAACACUGGUACCUGACUCAUUUCCAGAUGCAUUUAGCUUACCAGAUCCUAAAUGAUUUGUCACAAGUUUUAAAGGCGAGAAGCUCUCCUUGUGGUUCUACAGUAGCUCAGAUCAGCUGGUGAACUAAAUCCAGUGGCUUGAGAGACCAGGGGGACCACAGCUAAAACAUCCUCCGUGCAGAGCUUUCGGUUCAGAAAGGGUCCUUUCCCCUUAAGGCUGCUCAGCAGGAAUGUGGUGACCUGCAGGAAGCACAAGAUGAGUGACUUCUUUGCCAAGGAGAUCUUGAGAAAACAGGGAUAUAAUUCAGCGACUGAAGCAUUUGAAAAAAUUGGAAAUGUUUGGGAUCUCAGAUGCGAAGAAAAAGGUUUUUUUCUGUACAGUUGCAAGAAACUGUAGGAGUGCUUUGUUAGAGAGGCUAGCAGUUUGAAAAUAUCUCUUGAGGUGCUGAACUAGGCUGUUUAAUUUUUUACUUACAUUUUGGGCAACGUACUCCCCAGAUCUUUGUGUUUACAAUUACACUAAGAAAGGAGUAUGGCCUACAGUUUCUGAGAAGGACAGGAGAUGGGCAGUGGCUGGAGGGGACUCCUGCGCCAGCGCUUGUAGGUAAGCGGUGCUGCUCAUGCAGAGCAGGCAGAAUUCCCUCAGUAGUUGUUGCAUAGCAGUGUGUUUCCUUACACAGCUGUAGAGAAUACCUUAAAUACUGCAGUGUGGAUUUAUUGGAAGCCUAAGUACUUAUUACAUCAUCUAAAGCAACUGGUAAGUUUGGCACGGUCACAGCUGCUUAUCGGGGCCUGUUUAUGGCAUACAUGAAAAGAAAUGGCCUUUCCUAAAAAAAAAAAAAGUAGAAAUCCAAUGUCUUGGAGGAUUUACACUCCCUUUAAAAGCAGUGGAGACAACGAUGCUUUCCACAAGACACAACGGGAUUCUGGGAGAUGGCCAGGGUAUUAUCAUUUGAUUUUGAUGCCAGAAAGCUUUCCUACUCUGAAUAGGAAAGGAAUUCAGGGAAGGAAACACGAAGAAUGAUGCUGUCACAGGAGCGAGCCUCUGAACAACUACUGAAUUUUAAACUGGAAUUUAUAGGCUCUUUGAGGCCAAAUCUUGCCCUUCUUACUCAGACAAGUCUCCCACUGAAGCCAAUUAACUCUACUGGAAUUUAGCCUAGAUAAAAUUUUGGAUUGGAGACAUGCAACGUAAUUACAAGACGUUUGUUUUAAACCUAUUUGAAACUAGGGUCUUAUAAGGAGAGUAAAAGGCAGAUAAAUACCUUCAAAUGUAAAAUGUUGAGGCAUGUUCUGAAUGAGUACAGAAGAAUAUGAAAGCAAAUAAUGCCUGGAAGGCAAAGAUUAGAACUGCAGUAAACAACCACGAAACUACAUGGCAUUGCAUCUAGGUUGUAUGGGAAGCAGGAAGGUCAUGGAAGACCAUCCCAGGGAGUUAACGAUACUGAAUCUGUCCAGUCAGUUAUGCUGCACACUACAAAUAAAACCUUUCUUUAAAAGUA